GGUCAACGCCUUGCUCAACAGAUGCAAUCAUCCAACCCUCAGUUAGUUGAAUCACUUCGACAGGCACACUACAACAUGAACUCUGCAGAGCAGAAUUCAACUACUGAAAAUGACCAAUCUUCUAACACCAAAGCAGAUAAUUCAAAUAGCGCUGAUGAAAAGAAUGAGGUAGACUAG